AAUGCUUCGGUUUCAAUCAUCCUCUUCCUCUUGAUUCUCUUCUUCUCUUUGCUGCUAGAGAAAAAGAAUCAAGCUUUAGAGGAAGCAAGGACCUAUUCAGAAGUUUCUAUCAAUCUCUCAUGGACACAGCCUUGACCUCAGAAACAGGUUGUCCCGUUAUGGCCGAUAAGGGAUUCAUGGUGGAUCCUUUUUUGGUCGAGGCUCUUCAAAACCCUCGACAUCGUCUAACGAUUUUGCGGAUGGAACUUGAUAUUCAGAGGUUCUUCCAGAGCCCUGAUCAGCAGCAAUUCGAGUUCCAGCAUUUCCCUACAUCUUAUCUACGUCUUGCGGCCCAUCGUGUUGCUAAUCACUAUGGACUAAUUACAUCAGUUCGAGAUGGUGGUGCAGAUGGUUACGGGAGCAGAAUUGUCGUGACUAAAUCUACUGAGAGCAGAUUUCCUGCUGUUCGACUAUCUGAAAUCCCUGUGAAACAAUCAGAAACUGGCAAGUUUGAGCACAUGAAAGUUGCUAUAAAGCCUCGACCUUCUAAAGGAUCUGGAAUGGAAGCUGGUGAACUGGAAAAGAAAGGUGGUCUUCUGAAAAGUGUUGAAGAGAGGAAAGAAGAUUACGACAGGGCUCGAGCUCGCAUAUUUAACGGUCUUGCGGACCUUGAUUGUAACGAUUCUUCAUCUGAAACUAAUCCUUGGAGGGUGAACUGUAGUCCUAGGAGAGAUGAAAAUCAAGUGUUGAAGAAUGGUAAUAUCGAGGCAGACAAGAACCACAUCCCCAGGGAGAGCAUUCCUGCAUCUCGUAUUGCAAUUAUCAGAGACAGAGAGAAAGAUCGGUACGAUCCUGACUAUGACCGCAGCUAUGAUAGGUACAUUAGGAACCUCCCAGUUGAUCAAACUUUCUGCUUGGCACACUUCAAUAGUCAGAAAAUGGGGACACCAAUCUAUGAUCUGGGAUUUAGCGGGUAUAGCCAAAAUCCAAGUGGUGCUGCUUCUCUUAACUUGGGUCAACAUUCUGUCAUGAGCCCCUAUGUCACCACGGGUUUAAACCAGCCUUCAAUGGAUGCUGCUAUGUACAUGCAAUGGCCAAAUGCAGCAGCUGUGAUGUAUACUCAUUCAUAUGACCACUUCAGAAACACCCCUUUUCAGGCGCAGUUCUAUCCGCAGCCCCUUAGCUUCGAUUACAUGCAGAACCGGUAAUCCCUUUUCUCAUCAUGGCUAAUGAUUUGUGUAAUCCAAAUUUUGAGACAGUUUUGAUGUUGAAAAUAGAACAAACAAAACCUUUUGAUUAGUGUCAUUACCUUGUCUUUUAUUACUAUGUAAUGCUGAAGCAUUGACGUAACGAAGAACCGAAGAUAAUUAAAACGAGCGAUUGUGGUGAAUACAAAUGAUAACAUCAU